CUCAUUAUAUCCUUUACGGGUGCGUGAGAAUUAUAGAGUAAACCCUUACUGUGUUAUUGAAGUCCGCCUGCUGGGUCGUGCCCUUACAAACGAGAAUAAAAAUAGCAACUAGUUCCGCGUCUACCGAUCCACGAAGUCCCCCGGGCAACAAUGUGGAGCCACGACUCAUCACAGCCUCACACAAAUCAGAUCAGGGCAUGGCUGAAGCUCUCAGGCGCAGCGAAACCGUCAUCACAUGUCCUAGCAGAAGGAAUUCAGAGCUGAACUCCGCUCUGGCUUUAAUUGCUCACUUACCCACCACUGACACCUUUGCACCACCCACCCACUCAUUGCACGACAACAAAGCUAGCAAUCAAACACUCGUUCUAUAUAAGCUAAAGACUUCCACACCCUCAGAAUGUCUUCCGUCCUCUCCUCCGUCGCCGCCAACCCGACCGGUGUCUGCAGCACACAGGCAUACAGCCAACUCCCCGGUGGUACGGACAAUGGCUGCGCAAUCGCCAGCACCGCCGGCCUCCCUAGCAACUACUCCGAUGCCAUGAGCAAAUGCUGCAAAGACGCACCCGUCGAGAAAUGGGCCAGUGAUUGCGCGCUGUGGUGUCUUGCUUCUGGCCAAUCCAUCGGCGACCUUACCACUUGCCUCCAGAAGGAGAGCGUGGUCGCGAACAUGAUCUUCUGCCGCGGGAACACGACUGCAACUGCUACGGGAAAGGUUAGUGGGAGCGGGACAGUAAAGGCCACGGGAACGAGCUCUCAGACCGGCACUGCGGCGUCGAGUGCAUCGGGCAAGAGCACGAGCUCCCCCGGUGCUGCGCCGAGAUUGAUGACUCAGCAGAGUGUGUCGAAGGCUGGUGUUGGCAUGCUCGUUGUGCUGUUCAUCUCUGCUGCAGCGGGAGCUUUGAUCUAAGGAUAUGGAUAAGUUGGUGGCUGGAGCGGGGCUGCGUCUAGUACAACUUAGAUUGCGUUGGGUUUCUGAUGGUGGUGCAAAUUGGGAAUAAUAUCGGGUGUCUUUUCUAGCAUUGGAAACUCAUUAUGAGAUUCGGGUAAUGAUAAUAUGACUUGUGUGUAGCUUUUACCCUCGACACAAUACACUAACAAACACGGGUGAUUGGCGUACAUCAC